CUGAUUUAUAGAAACACAAGGGGAGUAACCAGCAACCCUUUGUUAAAUCAGAGGCACAAUGGGUGUAGGAGCAGCGAUAUACACGUUGUUGGAGGUUUUCAUUGCUGUUUGCAGCUGUUUUGGUAAUAUGUUGGUGAUUUUGGCACUUUGGACUAGUAAGUGCAUAAAGCGGCCUACCUUCUGCCUGAUCGUGUCUCUGGCUGUGGCUGACUUCAUGGUGGGCUGCAUGGCAAUACCAGUGGCUGUGGUGGUGGACAGACGAGUGGAGACUUCAUUCUAUGGUUGUCUCUUCCUCAGCUGCGUGGUCAUCCUGUUCACAAUGGUAUCAGUUUUGUGUCUCGUUGCUAUUGCCGUGGAUCGAUUCUUCAGGGUGUACGCCCCUCUCAAUUCCUUGGAGACCAUGCAGCUGGUGAUCCGCCCGUUCCGUCCCUCAGACAAGGACAUGGUACGUACUCUGUUCAGCAUCGGCAUCAAAGAACACAUCGGCCCGUGCUUUAACAAUGCCAUGACCAGCCCUCUCCACCUCGCCGUCACCCUGGCUCUGUGUGUCAUCGGCUACCUCUUCGGCUCUGUGUUGGGGGCCGUGCUAUUAACUGUUGUCUGGGUGGGCCUCGUCUACUACUGCUGCCAUGAGCUUUAUGCAAGCUUUGUUGAGGAGAAACUCCGGACCGACAUGCAGGACAUCCCUGGGAAUUAUCAGAGCAGACCUGAUGACUGUUUCUGGGUGGCUGAGGCUGAGGUUGAUGGGAGGCCGCAAAUCCUGGGUAUCGUGGCUGUUUUGGCCAAACAAAGUGGGAAGGAAAGACACGGGGAACUCUUCAGAAUGAUUAUCUCUCAGUCGUGUAGACGGAUGGGCCUGGGCACCAGACUGACACAGACUGUGAUUGACUAUUGUAAAGAACGAGGUUUCUCCAAGGUGGAGCUGGAGACGAGUUCGACUCAGGCUGCAGCUGUGGCGCUGUAUGAGAAACUGGGGUUUACCCUGGUCCUCACACACACUCAAACAUAUUCUCCGGACUGGAUUGUACAACUGACAAGGGUUAGGAUUUUAAAAAUGGAAAAACUGCUGUAGUCCUGAGUUAUCCCUGAUCAGACCGGAAUGUUUCUUCAUCUGUCAUCAAUAAGACUUAGCUGAAACCAAAUUUUCUCACGUUGUCUCACAAAAACAAAACAAAGCCUCAUGUUGAGGUGGCCAUACAAGGACAUGCAUUGAAAUCAGGGAUGUAUGACAUAUUGAGCAUAUAGGUUAUAAUCUAGAUUAUGAUCAAGUGAAUAUUUGAUUAUCGCGAUAAUACACCAAUGGAAACUCAAUACUGAUAAAAACAACUGGUAUAAACUG